UUUUGCCUGAUUUGUGACAGCUCUGAUGGUUUAGUUGAAUGCUGGAGGGCAGCAGGCGUGUUCUUGUGUUCUUUCCCUGAUGCAGUCGUUACGUGACUGUUGUUUCAUGUCAGUGAACAAAUUAGCAGUCAAACACGUCACAGUGUCCUGCAGUGGAGGAAACAGUCAGUCAGCCACUCGUUUACUGGCAACACAUAUAUAUAUAAGAUAAGUUGAGUUCUAGAGAGGAGAAACAUUUCAGGAUUCUUUAACACAGUAAAUAGUGUUCCUCUUCCCCCCUGUUUAAUCCACUCUUAUAUCUGGAGCUGUCUUCCCCUUACAUCUACAAUAACAGCAAUUAUGCAAACAGCUCCAUCAGCUCGCCCAAGCUUGUGGUGUUUUAGGGCGUGUUUGUCUAUGUGUGCACGUCAGGGUUAAUGUCUGUGUCUUUCUCCGUCUGUGUGUGUGUGUGGUGUGUGGUGUUUGAGUGUGUGUGGUGUGUGUGUGUGUGUGUGAGUGUUCUCGACUAUAAUCUGGCCCUCAUGUGCAUUGAGGGUUCAGAUGUCUUAUUAUAAUGUCAGAGGGGAGCUGGUAAUUACUGAUGUUGCUUUCUCAAACAACAAGUAUUUCUUCCAAAGACACACUGUUGAUAGAUAAUACAGUUUUUGUCCGUUGCUUGAACACUAUAGACACAUGCUUAAACCAAAAUAACAUAACUUGAAGUUGUUGUUACUAUACCUUAAACAAAGUGUAACCAUACAUUAAACAAAAGCGCUGCUUUGCACUUUAGUUGCAAUUCUGUAACACACUUGCUCCUUUCUGCAACACACUUGCUCCUAGACACUACACACUAUUUCAUACAUAAGACACUUAGUUCAAAAAUGAAAUCUCAGGGUACCAUUGGGAAAACACCUCUAUACAAAAUACAACACACAUUGGUUAAUUGAAAAGACAUAGACACACACCUGAAAACACUUACUGACAAAACUGAACACCAAUCAGCCAGCUACAAAACAUUUUGUUACAGAGAAUCUUGGACAUGGAUGGAGCUGCCCAGCCGCAUGAAUGUAUUUACAUUGACGAGGCUGGAUUCAACCUUAGCAAAAACAGACAACGGGGACGUAAUAUAAUUGGCCAAAGGGCAAUUUUGGCACGUCCCGGGGCAGCGCGGGGGAAACAUCACAUUGUGUGCUGCCAUGAGUCUUCGAAGGCUACUGCACCAUCAUGCCAAACGGGGUCCCUACAAUGCGCAACCCAUAAUCACAUUUAUAGAUGCACUUCAUGAUGCAGUUGUACAGGAUGGACCAGAGCAGCCCAGGUUUGUUGUUGUCUGGGAUAAUGUUAGUUUCCAUCGGGCUGCUCUGGUCCAGAACUGGUUCACCAACCAUGAUCAAUUUGAAGUUCUGUACUUGCCCCCUUACUCGCCAUUUCUAAAUCCUAUAGAGGAAUUAUUUUCCGUUUGGAGAUGGGCGUAUAUGACCGCCAACCACAUGCCCGUAUGCCUCAGGCAAUGGAACAGGCCUGCGGAGACAUGGAGGUGAGGUCAAUCCAGGGAUGGAUUCGCCACACAAGGGGAUGUUUCCCCCGAUGCUGAGCGAGAGAAGACAUUGCUUGUGAUGUUGAGAUCCUGUGGCCAGACCCCAACAGACGGCAGGAUCCAUAAGCCCACUUGCGCACAAUUGUGUUUUUCUGUGUUUACAGUAGUGUAUUGUUUGUUUUAUUUUUGAUUUAACUAAAUGUACUGUACUGUAAAAUAUACUAAUGUAAUGAUUUUGAAUUCAGUAUUUAAUUUUUUGGGUUGUUGUGAAAAUAUGCCCUCUAUGGAACUGAAUAUAAACAUUGAAAACAAAAGACGGCAGUUUUUUAUAUUAAGUAGACUAGUGUGUUGCUGCUGAUCUGAAAGUGUAUUCAUAUGAUGCAAGUGGGCAUCAUUUUGUCAUCAGAGUGACAUUUUGACAAAGGAUUGUUAGGUUUUGAUAGCAGAGUUUCAAUUUGACAUAGAUGUGAAUGGUUUAUUUCCCAGUGUGGUGUCUUCUUUGCUUGUGUGUAGAGUUUUGACACAAUGAGCCAAAUUUAGCAAAACGUGUGUAAGCAAUAGGCAAAAACUGUAAUAAAAAGUGCCAACAGCAAAAUAAGAAGAGUGAAUAUGCUCCUUUUUCAUAGUAUUUCAUUUUUUAAUUGAUCAUAGCAAUUAAAUGGUAAUGCUUAUAACUUCAAAUGACAUAAAGAAGAACCAAAACACUCAUUAAAGGUGCAAUAUGUGUGAUUCAGAGCAUUAAUAUAGCAGUAAGCUGUUUGCUAUGUAAAGAUAUAGGGCAGUGACGUUGAGGUGGACGCAUAGCAACCACCCUCCGAUUCCCCCUCAGGUGAACACUGUUAGUUCUGUCAUCACCUUUGUAGUUAGCACUGUUAGCGCUACUAGCAGCAGUAGCUGCAUGCUCCCUGCUCAGCUGUUGCCAUAUUGAGAGACGUUUAGAGUCAAUCGAAAUGAUCCCAACGCAUACAGCACCUUUAACUUGGAAACAGAAAAACAAAAGGCCAAAGGGAGAAUCAUCUUUAUGUCAUUCUAUGUUCAGUUUGUAGUGUUUUAUUGAUACUAUAUUGUCUUUACAAUGCUUAUGAAUGUGCUUCUCUUCAGGCCACUACCAGAGGAUGGAGAUGUUGAUUUUUCAUGUGGCCUCACUGACAACAGAACCAAUCCUCCCACCACUCUGAACGUGGAGUCCAUGGCCCAGCGUAAGCGUCGCACUCUGGUCGCCCCCGACAUGAACCUCUCCCUGGAUCAGAGCGAGGGGUCGGUGCUCUCUGAUGAGUUCAUGGAGACGCCCGACGACCUGGACAUCAAUGUAGACGACAUGGAGACUCCUGAUGAAACCGACUCUCUGGAGUUCUUCAACAAUGGCAACGAGCUGGAGUGGGAAAACGACACUCCUGUGGCCACUGCCAAGCGUCUUCCAGGUGAAAGUGACGAGGAGAGAGACUCCUCUGGUCGGCUGUGGCGAACAGUGAUCAUCGGGGACCAGGAACAGAGGAUUGACAUGCAGGUCAUCAGACCAUACCUGAGGGUUGUCACACAUGGAGGUUAUUACGGCGAGGGUCUGAACGCCAUCAUCGUGUUCGCAGCCUGCUGCCUUCCCGACAGCGGCUGUGAGGACUACACGUACAUCAUGGAGAACCUCUUCUUUUACGUCGUGAGCAGCCUGGAGCUGCUGGUGGCAGAAGAUUACAUGAUUGUUUACCUGAACGGAGCUACUCCCCGCAGGAAGAUGCCCGGCAUCAGCUGGCUGAAGAGAUGCUACCAGAUGAUCGAUAGGAAACUGAGGAAGAAUCUCAAGUGUCUCCUCAUUGCUCACCCGACGUGGUUCAUCCGGACCAUCCUGGCCGUCUCAAGACCUUUCAUCAGCGUGAAGUUCAUGGAUAAGAUCCGUUACGUUCACACCCUGGAGGAGCUCAGCCAGAUCAUCCCCAUGGAGCAUGUGCAGAUCCCUGAGUGUGUGUUGCAGUAUGAUGAUGAGAAGGUACAAGCACAAGGGGAAAGACUUCACCAAGAGAAGCAGCAGAGCAACUCAGCACUGCCUAAAGAAAGAGCUUUACAUUGAAGAACCAAUGGGCGAUAUUCAUUCAUUACAAUGGAAGCCUCCACCACCAUCACACACUUGUGGCACAAGAUCAAAU